UUCUCUCAAGAGAGGGAGAAGUGAACUGCAAAAGAAACACCUUCUCCAUAGAGUUUAUCAGGCAACCCUCCCAGCCCAUUUUACCACAAUUCAUGGUUGGGCGUAUUGUGAGGUGUGAAUAUACUUCAGCUGCAUCUCUAUCACAACACGCCCACUUUGCAGAGUUGAAGAGAGGCAAAAACUGGUGAACGCUCGCUCUCUUUCAAGACUUGCUCUGCCCUCUAUUCCUCUCCCAGUUAUUUCCUAAAGAAGUUUGCAGGCUAGCUGAUUUUGUAGCACUAGAAAGACGAGUAUAAAAUGCUUAAAGCUCUGCAGAUUGGCGCCAUUUCAAAAAGCAGCAGCAACAUUGCUCCAGCUGACAGCACCCAUAACUCUACAGCCCAUCAAGAAGAGCCCGUUAGCUCGCACACCAGCAGGAUGGAGCCAAUGAUGGAUCAAUUCUCCAUGUUCACCGACUACUUUGGCCUCUUCAACAUCGUAUCCAGCAUGCGAGAUCAACACUCCAUCUCCGACAACAAUAACUCUAGGGAAAGGCGUGACAGCUUGGGCUCUGCUGCAUCUUCUUCGGAUUUCUCCAUGUCUACUGGUGGUAGCGCCCCUGACUCCAGUGACGGUAGCUCUGAGUUUUAUGGAGGGAUGAUGAAUGGAGGCAUUGGAAGCUAUCCGUCCACCCCCACUGACUUUUUCCGAGCUAUGGGUGAGUCUGAUGAUGCACUCCUUGCAUUUGGACACCACCACUCCAUUGAAACCCAACACCACCACUCCAUUGAAACCCAACACCACCACCAACAGCAGCAGCAACAGCAGACUAACCGAGGAGGAGCAGGUGUAGGAGUUAAUGGAGUCUCUUCUUCCACCCUUUUGGAGAGGGGGAGCUUAAGCGUGAGAGUCCCCAAUAGGCCAGUGAAGCAGCAAGUGUGUGUCUUCUGCAGGAAUAAUGGAGAAAGCGAGAGCUUCUACACCAGCCAUUGUCUCAAGGACUCUGAAGGGAAAGUGACCUGCCCAGUCCUUCGUGCGUACACUUGCCCUCUCUGCGGAGCUAAUGGUGAUCUCUCGCAUACUAUUAAGUAUUGCCCUGAGAACAACCAAGCAAGCAAAGUCUCCACCGUUGCCAGUCAGAUGAAGCGUGCCACUAUCACCAUUACACGUAAGAAAUGAAACUCAUCUCUACCAGCUAUGCACAUUGGCAGCCCUUAGCAUUACUUAAUUUGGUGCAGCACUUCUAAAAUAGGUUUAUUUGUCAUGUCCCUUAAACCCUUUCCCUCUCUCUCAUUAUUUUUGCUAUAGUAGCAUAUUAUUUUCCUUGUCUCUCUUUAGUCAUAAUAAUAUUCUCUAAUUAUAUUGAUUAAUUUGAAUUCCCGACUUAAAUACAGGCUUAGAAUCAAUUAUUAUCUCUCUCUCUCACUAAUUAUUAUUAUCAAAAUUUAUUAUUGUCUCUUCAGUCUUUGUUAAUAACAUAAUAAUUCACAAAUUAUUAUUAUUUUGAUGUUAUUAAUAGUUUAAACUACAGCUCUAAAUAUUCAAACAAACUGUAUUAUAUAUUAUUCAUUAAUUAUUAUUAUAGAAUUGUUAUGUCUUAAGUCUUUAAACACUUAUCAAUUUUCUCAUGAAAAAUAA